AUGUCUUCACCUGCGCAAACCGAGCUGCGGUUCAAAACGCCUAAUCAAGACUGGUGUGGUAUAGCGUUUGCGAUAUUCAAGAAAAGUUCCGCCAUGUCAUUCACGAAUUCGAUAGCAUGUAUGGCAGCCCCCGGUUCAUUUGACGCCACUCAGCUAAUCAACCCCAGCGUCCUCACCACUCAAAAGCUCCUCAAGUUCGCAAACACUCUCUCCGUUCCCGUUGUAACCACGACCCAAACCUCAGCAAAGCUUGGUCCCACAGUUUCAGCUCUGGCACAGCUCCUCCCCUCGUCACCACACGACAAGACACGCUUCUCCAUGUCCAUUCCCUCCAUCACCGUCGAUCUACCUCAGGGCUCAGAAAUCGCUCUUGUCGGCAUUGAGUCUCAUAUCUGCAUUACCCAGACAGCCCUCGAUUUGCGCGACGCAGGGCAUAAGGUAUAUGUCAUUGCUGAUGGUGUAUCGAGCUGUAAUCCUCGCGAAGUCGACAUUGCCCUUGAUCGAUUGCGUGCCGAGCCCGGAAUCACGGUCACGUCGAGCGAGAGCUGGAUGUACGAAUGCGUGGGAGAUUCGCAACAUCCUGCUUUCAAGGGACUGAUUAGUGUUGUCAAGGAGUCAAUUGCAGACACCAGAAAGGUUUGGCAAGCCUUGCCUCCUGGAUCUAAGAUCUAG